AACACAAACCAACAAUAUGGUGUUGGGACAGUACUGGAAUCUGCGCGUAGAUCGCCAUGAUCAGGUCUUUGUUAUUACCCUUCAAAAAGCACCAGAGAAUCGCCUUAAUGUACGCUUUGCGCAAGAAAUUAUAAAGGCACUCCGAGACAUAGAACAAGAAUUGGGACCCGACUCGGAAGGGUGUGUCAUCGUAAGAGGCAAUGACGAGAAGUUCUGGUGUACAGGCCUAGAGCUUGACGAGGCGGAUACAAACCCCUUCGCGAACAACGAUGGGUUCUUUCCUCUCUUAGCCACACUCCUUGAUUACCCAUUUCCCACCAUUGCCCUAUUGACUGGCCACACAUUUGGCGGCGCAUGUCCUUUCUCGUUAGCCCACGAUUACCGCAUCAUGAAUUCGAAACGGGGCUUCUUCUCCAUGCCUCCAGUGAACCUUGGUCUACAUUUUCCUGGUAUCGGUUUUCUCCCUCGACUUAAAUUGCGGCCCCAGGUUGCCCGAAAAAUGCUUCUUGAAGCGCAUCGAUGGACAGGAAAAGAGGCGUUAGCGGACGGGAUCGUCGACGAAAUAGCAGAUCCAAGCGAGAUGCUGGAAGUCGCACUGAAGAAGGCCCGAAGCAUCCAAGGGAAAGCAAAAAUGGGCGUGUACAGUCUGUUGAGGAAUGAACUCUGGGGCGAGGCCGCGGAGAGAUUGAGAAGUAUUAGCUACGUGCAUGGAAGGAUGGUGAGCGCACCGGCGAAGGCGAAGAUUUAGUUCUGGAGGAGCAUUUGUUGGGACAUUUCAAAUAUCGACCGGGGAUAUCUCAGGAGACAGCCACGUGAGAACCAUGAUUCAUCUGCAGUGCGCUGCUAAGGUUCGGAGCUGCCUCCUCCAUGAAGUGAAACAGUGUUACAAUGCUGGGAGUCCAGAAUUCAUGGUUGUGUCAGCUUGGGCAAUUGUGAGGAUGAACAGUAGUAACAAACCACAACAGGUUCUGCCAGCCUAUAUUUUACUUAAAUGUCUGUUCCCCGUC